AUGGUUCCGAUUAACGUCGAAUAUGACAGACCUCCACUAGGUUACGAUCUUCCCCGAGCAAUUGUGAUUACCGUCGAUAACUUUCCGGUGGCAGAAGUUGUUUCUCAGGUUCCUUUCUCUGAAACUCUCUCUUUACCGAUUGUGCAGCCUCUCUUACCAUCGCACCACCACCACACUGUGAAAGAGCUUAGAGCAUUAAGCUCCGAAUCUAGGGUUUCGAAUGAUGGUGAGAAAGGGAAUUUUGAUUUUAACGAGUUGAACCAACAAGGUUGUGGUUCAGUUGAGUCUGUGUUGAGUUUAGAGUAUGCAUCGACUCAUGUUUCUUCUUUGAAAGAUGAGGAUUGCGAUGCUAAACGUGUUCCUGCUGUUCCUUUCGAUGUGGACUUUGAUGAUGAUGAUGACGAUGGUUUGCGUGAUAAAUUUGAUGGAGAUUUUAACAAUAAUGCUAAUUUAACAUUUCCUCCAAACCACAUGCCUCCACCACUUCUUUCUAAGGUCAAACAGUCUUCUCUGAUAGCUAUUUCAAGAGGAAAAAAAUCAAUCGGUUAG